AUGGUCAUGCAAACCCUCCUCCAGGCAACUAUCCUCGCCGCCGCGGCCACGGCCGCUAGCAUCCCCGUCAGGAGCACCUCGAUCCCUGAUGCCUUCCGUCUGUCCGCCACGGUCACCGGCCUGGAUCUUAACCCCUCCCUUCAGGGCCAGGAACUUACCUACGUGUCCAACGCCGACUGCCAGGCCAAUAUCGUCUUCGCACCCGCCGGCGAGGGCGCCACCUUCUAUACGACCGGCGAGAUAGUCGGCGUCAACCACUUCUCCGAUGACUCCUCGCCCGGCGCCGGCAUGAUUGUCACCCCUGGAGGCACCGCGACGGUGCCCAGCUCCAACGUGGUGGAGCUGCAGUGCUCAGCCAGCACCACCGGUGUCUCAGUCACUUCUGCUGGACUUCAGUACCUUGGCGGAGCGUGGAUGGCUUGCCCGAGAGAUGGCGCUGUAGUCUUGAGCUUCAAGCAGGCUGGGCAGAGGACGCUUGCUUCUUGCGCUGAUGUCCAGCUUCUUCCCAUCUACUAA